AUGAGAACGGCCACGCAAGGUAUCGCUCUUGUUCCAGUAGCACCACCAGCAUACAUUACUGGAAUCAACAAGAUUAUACUUCUGGGUGUAUCCACCUCUACUGGAACUUCAGAAACACUUCUGAGUCUAUCCAACGCGAACACAUCGCCCGCUACUGCAGCGAUUCAACUAAAGGCUGGAACUGCUGCAACAAGCGAAUGCUUUAUUCGAACUACCUCAGCAACGACUAAAACAGUGAUCAUGGUUUCAGGAGCCCGUGUUAUCACUUGCGAGAGCACUGGAAAUGUUUCGAUAGGAGGGACUACUACAACCUACAAGCUUGACGUGGGUGGAACUCUUAACUGUACGAAUCUCUAUAGAUCAGGCACCAUUGCGGAUAUCACGUUAGUCUCGGGCAUCACUACCAUUGGUACUGGUCAAGCAUCAAAAGCACAAAAGCUCGACGCAUCUCGUAAUGCGAUCAAUAUUGCUUCUCUUGCGUGUGAUACAAUCAUCGCGAACUCAGCUACGAAUAUAUUAAAUAUCAAUCCAACUACGCUUCAACUCAAAGGUGUAGCACUGACCGCAACAGCUACUCAGUUAAAUGUUUUAAACGGUUUCACGGGGACAACAGCAAAUCUAAAUAUUCUUAGCGGGACAAGCGUAUCAGCUACUGAGCUUAACUAUCUUGAUGUCGUCAUUGGUACCGGUACUGCUUUUAAGGCGUUAGUACUAGACUCUACUCGCAACAUCGCGAAUGUCAAUAAUAUAUCAUGUUAUUCGAUCGAUCUGUCGCUGCAUUGGGAUAUCUCAAUACACACGAUUAUCGACUUGAUGGAUUAUCAAUCAAUCUAUCUACCCGUGCUAGGAGCUACUGCUGGUACUGCUUCGCCAAGCAAAGCUCUUGUUAUUGGUGCGUCGAGAAAUAUAACAAAUAUCGUAUCAAUGACUUCGACAGGCGAUAUUACAGCUGCAGGGAGCCUGAAUGGAUAUCUGACUUAUGGUAAUUAA